AUUCGAGAGCGAGACUUUCAAGCAUGGACCAUGUGUUUUAAUAGUCCUGAAAAAUGUUACGGAAAGCUUAAAGUAACUAAGACCAUGAAUGCACACUGUAGCUUCUAAGAACUAUUAUAAUAUUAAUAUAAAGAAAGAUAACAGACAAGGACAUGGAUUUUAAAACGCCACUGACGGUGCCUCUUGAUAAGAUUGAUGUGUGUCCUAUGGAAAAAGCUGGUGAGUGUUUGAUACAGCCGAACAAUAAACACAUAAGUGCAAUGCAGGAAACAAGAAUUGUUGAAGAACAUUUGGAAGUUAAAACAACACAUGCAGUUCCUGCAGUUGCCACCAAAAUAGUUUCAAAUGAAAGUGAUGCUGUAAUGGAAGAAGAUAAUAACCAGGCACUCAUAAAACAGGAAAAUAUCAUUGAGGAAGAUCAAAACAUUGGAUUUGACUUAACAAAAGUCAAAACAGAGAAGGAAGAUGGAUAUGAAGAAAACACUGGUGAACACAAACCAGUAGAAAACACUGACUCAAAAACAACAGGAGCCAACUCUUUUCCAGAUGUUUCUUGUUUAAGUUCACUGCCUUUGACUGAUAUAAAACAAGAGAAUGAUAUAACAAAACCAGAGGGACACGGGUAUGGAUUGCAAGAGGCAGUGACUACAUCAACUCACCACAUUUCCUCUGUAACAAUGGAUGGCUUGGGUAAGGUGACUGAGGAUACAGUUGCAGCACAACCAAUGUCAGCAUCUUGUAACGACAAUGUUACAGUUGCAGGUAAUUCUAGAAACAUAGUUGGUACUGAAAGAACUGAGAACAGUAAUAAGGUUAUUAUGAUUGCACAAGAAGACAUAAAGAAGGAAAAUGGUGAAGAAAGUGUUCAUUUUAAGUUGGAACCUUACCAAGAAUCAUUUAGUCAGUCAUCUGGGCACAUUUCUUCUAUGACAUUUGAGAGAUUGGUGCAGACAUCUGGGGAUGCGGUUUCUACAAAGUUCACAUCUGAUAGCAAUGAGAGUGCUGCAGCAGAGGAUAUUUCUGGGAACAUAUCUGAUACUGUAGGCACUGAGAACAGAACAGAUGUUUUUCUAAAUACACAAGCAGAAAUCAAGGUGGAAGACGGUGAAGAAAUUGUUCAUUUUAAAGUUGAACCCUCCAAAGCCAAUGCUGUUUACAGACAAGAAGAUACAGAAGACAGCAGUUGUGAUAGCUCAGAUAGUACUGACUCUGAUGACUCCUCAACUGACAGCAGCGAUGAUGAGACCUCAGACAUGGAGAUACCUGAAAAGACGUCCACCAGUAAACCCAUUCCUGUCAAAACUAAGGGAGAAUUUACAUUGGAGGACCUGCCUCCUAUUGAAGAACUGGAGAUAGAUGUGGAUGACACUGUGGUCAUGAGAGAAAUUGGAAAAGUGUCUCAAAUUCUUGGAACCCUUGUUGUCAUCCAGCAGUACCCAAACCUUCCAGCUCUAAAUGAGGAAACAGUGCUUUUCAUGGAGGGAAGAGUGGUACUAGGACAGAUAUUUGAGGUAUUUGGCCCAGUCCCUCAGCCUUGUUACUCUGUGCGCUUCAAUUCGGCAGAAGACAUAGAAUCCAAGGGGGUCACCGUGGGUCAGGUGAUUACCUGCGCCCCUGAAGUAGAGGACCUAACACAUUAUGUUUUCGUGGAGCAGCUUAAGAGAAUGAAAGGCUCAGAUGCAUCUUGGGAACAUAACAAUGAGCCACCACCAAGGUUUUUGGAUUACUCUGAUGAUGAAGAAGAGCAGCGUAUGAAGACCAGGAUGCGAGGGCGAGGUGGUGAGCCAGGUAGCGAGGGAGGAGAUGAGGCCUCUGAUACUGCUGCUAAUACACCCAAACGCAAGAAAAAUAGAACAAAAAAACAUCCAGGCAGUGGUGACUGGGAGCCAGGGGCAUCACAGGGACCUGCACCACCACCACAACAAAGAUGGCCGCCCAAUCCCUGGAAUCAGGGUCCACCAAUGAGGGGACCAGCAUGGAGUCCCUGGGGUCCCCCUCGACACAUGCACCCACGUUUUAGUGGACCACACCUGGGGAUGCCACCCAGGCCCAGAUCAUGGGGGCCAAGACCAAGAUAUCCUCUACAUGGGCAAUGGCCCUCACAGGGCCAGGGGCAAAACUUAGGUGAACGGUUUCCAAAAGCUCCAGUUUACACAAGAAAUCCACAUCCGAUGCAGACUGAUCCCCAAGGAGCCAUGCUUGGUUUCCCACCACCUGUGGGACCUCUGCCUCAGUUUGUGCCCCAACCCCCACAAUAUAUGCCCCCGCCACCUCAAUCCAGUGCUCCACAAAUGCCUCCCAUGACCUCAGUUCCCAUGAUGGAUUCUAGAUUUGUUCAAAAUGACCAGGGACUGGCCAGUGUCUCUGGCAGUGCUCCAGCGCCACCACCUCCAGUGGUAACUCAGUUUGGAGGUGUCCCAUCUUUCCAGCCAGGUCCAGCGUACAGGUGAAAAAAUUAAAUUUUAGGGUGAACAUGUCAUUCUAAAGUACAUUUAUAUUAUUGAAAAGAUUGUAUUGUUUCACAAAUUUUGAAAAACUUGUUUGUUUAUUGAGAUUGAAGGAAGGGCAUGUUGACCUAUUCGUGUAAAGGUAAGGGAGUACAUGCUAAUGGAAACUAUUUCUUGAUCUUUGUAUGGUGAUGUCAUUUGUUCAGGUUUUUUUAGCUACAUUUAGCUGCUUUUGUUGAAUCAACUUUGAUGCCUGUUUAAAUAUGUCAAAUGCUGUUGUGUAUUUAUUAAGAAGAGCCUGAUUGCAAUGUAUUUACCCUCAAUUCAUGCAGACCAGUUGUCAAGUUACAGCUAUACUUGGAGAUAGAACUGAAGAAACAUGCACACAAAUAUAUUUUGUUAGUUCAUCGACUUUGACUUAUCCAGUUUCAGGCAGGGAGAUUUGUUUCUCUUUGCUUAGGGACUGUCAAUAUUGAAUGACUGUUAGAUUAAGAGCUGUGAUAAUUGCUUUUAUGUUACUAUUGGAACGGCUUGUACUGGAAUAAAUAUGUUAACAAC